UACAGUAUGACGUUUGAAAACAUAUUUCACUCUGUGGUCCUCUAAGGAAAAUGGUUAUAAUUGUGUGUCUGUUUCUAAAAGGUUUGGAGAGGGAGAAGGGCUGCAAGACUGUUUCCACAAAGACAUUUGUUAUGCACAAGGGCUGUCAGUCAUACAAUGAGGUAGAAAUACCAUAUUGUGAAGGAACGUGCAACACUUUCACCAAGUACUCUAAAGCAGCAGCAGCUAUGCAGCAUUCUUGCUCCUGCUGUAGGGAGACCCGCUCCAGCAAUCGCAGCAUUGACCUGCACUGCUUGAAUGGAGAUGUGGUUCCCUACACGUACAUCCAUGUGGAAGAGUGUGGCUGCGGACACACAGAUUGCACCUCAGCGGCUGCACUACCUGCUCGCAGGAGGCGAAGCUCCACACUGGUGUGAAAGAAACGUCAGUCGUCACAUUAAUGGAUAUACUGUAAAAGUCUCUUUUCCCAUACUGUCUUAACAAUCAUUGCAUUUCUUUCAAAGCAAUUGCCUUUGUAGAGAGAAUAUUUAUCAUUUAAUCUAA